GGUUUCUACUGUACACGUGGCAGUCACCAAACAAAACAUCAACAUCGUUUUGUUUACAAAGUAUUACCUUGAUAUUUAUUAAUUCCACCUUCACCUUUAUCUUUUCAUGUGUAUGUUGCUGUUGCUUGCUUUAUGAUUUCAUUUCAUUCAUGAAUUCAUCAAUGACUUAUUAAAAGAACAGCCAAUGCCUAUAGGCAAACAAACUGACUUGACCUAUUAAAAACAUUGUCAGUGCGUCUAUACACCAGUUAUUACGACUGUAAGCUACAGACAGCAUGGCAGCCUCCAUAAAGAGCGUUGUAGCAGGAGUUUGGUUGUUUUCUCAAGGAUCUUGAUCUUUCCUUGAAUUUUAGUUUCUUCUGACAUCAUUCUGGAAAUUAAACAAAAUACCUCCUUCGUCUUCUGCCAAAGAAAUUGUAUGCAUUCCACAUGUUGACAAAGAAGCUUCCACCCCUGCAGAGUUUUCUGUCACUGGUUUCCAGACGUGGCAGUCACCUUGCCAGACAGCAGUAUGAUGUCAUCGUUGUGGGUGGGGGUCACGCAGGGACAGAGGCGGCGGCGGCGGCAGCCCGAGUGGGAGCAGAGACACUACUGGUCUCACAGAAAAUACAAACCAUUGGUGCUUUGUCCUGUAACCCGUCUCUGGGAGGAGUAGGGAAGGGCCAGCUGGUGAAGGAGGUAGAUGCUCUGGAUGGGCUGUGUGGUCGAGCAGGAGACUGGGCUGGGAUCCAUUUCUCCAUUCUGAAUCGUAGAAAAGGCCCCGCUGUGUGGGGCCCGAGGGCCCAGCUGGACCGGCAGCGCUACCGCGAAUUCAUUCAGUCUGAGCUGCUGUCCACUCCCAGGCUGACGGUGUUGGAGGGCUCAGUAGAGGAGCUGCUGGUAUCAGAACCAAACCCAGAGGAGCCUGGACACCACAUUGUCACUGGGAUACGUUUGGCGAAUGGAAGCCACCUGAUCUCAGCCAGCUCCGUGGUUCUUACUACUGGUACAUUCUUGUCUGGCUCCCUCUUCCUGGGCCAAAGCAUGUCCCCCGGGGGUCGGAUUGGAGACGCGCCAUCGAGUGCUGGGCUGUCCCAGACACUGAGGGAGAGGCUGGGGCUAAGGAUAGGCAGACUGAGGACUGGUACCCCUCCCAGGAUUGUGAAGGAUUCAGUAGACCUUUCCUUGGCUCAUGUUCACCCCCCUGACAGUCAUCCAACUCCAUUUAGCUUCCUUAAUACACACACACGCUGCAAGCCUGAAGAGCAGCUGCCUUGCUACCUGACCUAUACUACUCCUGGUGUAGAGAGAGUGGUGAGGGAGAGUCUUCAUCUCAACUGUCACAUACAGCAAGAAACCAAGGGUCCCAGAUACUGUCCCUCCAUUGAGUCGCGAGUGCUUCGUUUCCCAGGCAGACAGCACCAGGUGUGGCUGGAGCCUGAGGGGGUGACCUCUGACCUUUUAUACCCUCAGGGUCUCUCCAUGACCAUGCCCCCUGACGUGCAGCUCCGCCUCAUCAGAGAAAUCCCUGCCAUGCACAGAGCUGAGAUCCACACGCCUGGUUAUGGUGUGCAGUAUGACUUUGUGUGUCCCACUCAGCUGAGCCCUGCCCUGCAGGUGAAAAGCACUCAGGGUCUUUUUCUGGCCGGUCAGAUAAACGGAACAACAGGGUACGAGGAGGCUGCUGCACAGGGCCUGUGGGCGGGGGUGAACGCUGCCCGCUGGGCGCUCUCCAUGCCGCCAGUGGCAUUGUCUCGGACAGAGAGUUAUAUUGGCGUUCUAAUUGAUGAUCUGGUGAGCCGAGGCGUUACAGAGCCGUACCGCAUGUUCACCAGCCGGGCUGAGUUUCGAACCUCUCUAAGGCCGGACAACGCUGACCUCCGCCUCACUCUGAAAGGGUUUGAGGAGGUGGGAUGCGUGUCCACCUUGCGCUACCAGGAGGCUGUGAGAGUAAGGGACAGUCUGCAGGAUGCACUGGCAGCCCUUCAGGCUCUCUCUCUGUCCACCCACAACUGGAGAAAAAAGUUCCCUGACAUGCGUAUGAGCGAGGCUAAGAGCACUCUACUGACUGGUAUGGACGUGCUGCAGUACAACGACGUGUCCUUUGAAAUGCUGGCAUCUGCCUUCCCAGAGUGCCUUUUACCACACGUUGAGUUCUCACAAAGACUCAAGAUAGAGGCUGUGUACAGACCUCACUGUAACCUUCAGAAGAAAGAGAUUGAGAGAAUUCAGAAGGAGGAGAACAUGUCUCUUCCACAGGACAUAGACUAUUUAUCUCUGCCGGUGUCUCUGUCUCAGGAAGUCAGAGAGAUUUUGGACAGAGUUCGACCCAGCACUCUGGGUGCUGCUACACGUUUGCAAGGUAUCACUCCAGCUGCAAUUGUCCAUCUCCUUAACUACGUACGCCACACAGGACAAAAGGAGAGAAGAACGCACAGAAACCAACCAGACCGAAAGGAGAGAGAAGAGGAGCUAUGUGCAAGAAAUGCAGCUUUACCUCAGUGAAAUAAUAACUCGUAAAAUGUCUUGUAAAAAUGUAUGUAUUCCGGAAAAUGUACAAAAGAAUAAAUUAGUAUUUCUAUAUGUUUUACUUUAUAUUG